CGCGCGAAUGACGUAUGAUGGCUGUCAGUGUGGGACAUUAAUCCAAACUCAGCUCAGUGUCGCAUCAGGUCCAACACACACCGAGGAACUUUGUAGUGACAGAACCAACACUUUCGACAUGCAGUUCUCUCAGAUUCUGCUGUAUCUUGGCUUAUUGGCGGCUUUGGGUCCAGUGGGUUUGAGUGAGCAGGAGACGCGCCAGCAGCCGUCAGCCUCCAUCCCAGAAGACACGGAGCAGCAGUGCGCCACCUGCGACGUCCGGCAGCACAUUAAAACCAUGCGGCUAAACGCCAUCAAAUACCACAUUUUAAGCAAACUGCGAAUGAAGGAAGCACCUAACAUCAGCCGAGACACCGUGAAGCAGCUCCUGCCGAAAGCGCCGCCGCUGCAGCAGCUCCUCGACCAGUACGACAUGCUCGGAGACGACAAUAAGGACGCGAUCUUGGAGGACGACGACGAGCACGCAACCACUGAGACGAUCAUGAUGAUGGCCACUGACCCUGGAUCCAUCGUCCAAGUGGAUGGGGCUCCGAAGUGCUGCUUGUUCUCUUUCAGCCAAAAACUUCAGCCAAACCGCAUUGUCCGCGCUCAGCUCUGGGUCCAUCUGCGUCCAGCGGACGAGGCCACCACCGUGUUUCUGCAGAUCUCCCGUCUGAUGCCGGUCACAGACGGGAACAGGCGCAUCCGGAUCCGUUCCCUGAAGAUCGACGUGAAUGCCGGCGUCAGCUCUUGGCAGAGUAUAGACGUCAAACAAGUGCUGUCUGUGUGGCUGCGGCAGCCGGAGACCAACUGGGGAAUCGCGAUCAACGCUUACGAUUCGAGGGGGAAAGACUUGGCCGUGACCACUGGGGAGUUUGGAGACGAAGGACUGCAACCAUUCUUAGAGGUGAAACUCUCAGACAACCCCAAACGCACCAGGAGAGACGCGGGCCUGGACUGUGACGAGAACUCUCCAGAGACCCGAUGCUGCCGCUAUCCACUGACAGUGGACUUUGAAGACUUUGGCUGGGACUGGAUUAUUGCCCCCAAGCGCUACAAGGCCAACUAUUGCUCCGGGGAGUGUGAGUACAUGCACUUGCAAAAGUACCCCCACACUCACCUGGUGAACAAGGCAAACCCUAAAGGGACAGCAGGCCCUUGCUGUACCCCCAACAAGAUGUCAUCCAUCAACAUGCUCUACUUUAACCACAAUGAGAAGAUAAUCUACGGCAAGAUCCCUUCCAUGGUGGUGGACCGUUGUGGAUGUUCUUGAGUCAGGACAGAUGCUUUGGCAAG